CGCGCGGAGUUUUCUGUUUCCGUUCCCUCAUCGGUCUUUCACUUCCGGACGGGCGGCAAAUGGCCCACGGGAGAACUACUACGCAGGCGCACGGGAGAACGGCGCUUACGUCCCCUGGCCUCACCCGGAAGCGGUGUGUCGGCACGAGCUCUCCUUCGCCGGAAGUAGGCCGCACCGCAGCCGGCCCUUCCAUUGUCGGCCCCCGGCCUGCAGUCGUCAUGGUGGGCCCGCUCGGCGGCGGCGGCUUGGAGAACGCCAACCCCCUGGUUUACCGGCGCCAGAGCGAGCGGCCCACCACGGCCCGCGAGCAGGAUGAGGGGCUGGCCGACGCCAUCGACGACCGCGAGAUCUUCGAUCUCAUCCGCGGCAUCCACGACCCCGAGCACCCGCUGACCCUGGAGGAGCUGAACGUGGUGGAGCAGCUCCGCGUGCAGGUGAGCGACCCCGAGAGCGCCGUGUCGGUGGAGUUCACGCCCACCAUCCCGCACUGCAGCAUGGCGACCCUCAUCGGCCUCUCCAUCAAAGUGAAGCUGAUCCGGUCCCUCCCGGAGAGGUUCAAGGUGGAUGUCCACAUAACACCUGGGACACAUGCUUCUGAGCAUGCAGUAAACAAGCAACUUGCUGACAAAGAGAGAGUAGCGGCCGCCUUAGAGAACAUGCACUUGCUCCAGGUGGUGAACCAGUGCUUGUCGGGAAGAUCUUAGUGUCUCUGUGUGUGUGUUUAUCUCUGAGAGCAUCUUCAAGGUCUGGUGGAGGCCGGCUUCAUGGUGGAAAAAGGUCUUUUACUUAUCUCCUCUGUCUACGUUGGAGUAAAAAAAAAUGUAGUUCCUUAGCAAAAAGGCCAUUUAAAUUCUUUCAAGAAUUGGUGAUAAAUGUGGUUCUGAAAUAUUCUAUUUGAAUAGGGGAAGGUGUUUGUAGUAAGUAACAGAAGCCUUACACCUUCCUAGUCAAAUAGGUCUAUUUUUGAAAACCUCCAGUGAUGGAGCUCCCACAACCCCGGGAGACAAGCUAUUCCAUUAAUUGUUCUCACUCUCAGUAAAUUUCUCCUAGGUUGGAUCUCCUUUUAACAAGGUUCCACCUAUUACUACUAGUCCUGCCCUCAGAUGCUUUGGAGAUCCCCUCUUCUCUGAGACAGUCCCUCAAGUACCAGAGGACAGUUAUCAUCUCCCUGCAAUCAUUAUGAUGUUUGGUAGGGUAGACCUACCUAUCUCCCUCAACCAUUCAUCAUGCAAUCUACCCUGCUACCAAGUUAAAGGUUUAAAGUGGCUUGGAUAUGUUUCUUAUUCACAAGGCCUGUCAUGUCCUUGGAGGCCUUCAGCCUUUUGGGGCUGACAGGCCAAUUGGGAUUCUGCUAAAUGCCCUGGUGCUGCCAGGCCUGAAGGCCGGCUUGCCCAAAUGUGCAGCCCAAUAAAUCUGAGCAUGGAGCAGAACUGGGGAAAAAGUUCUGAAAACUGCUCCUUAGCAUUAAGAAUUCAGCCACCCUGUGGCCAAAUUCACACACUUUGUAAAACACAGCCACUAUAUCAUAUGCUCCUGCAAAAGAAAUCUGGUGCAGCUUCACACAAUAGUCUGGCUCUCCCAAAGUGCUAAAGCAUCCACCAUUCUGCCUUCUAGCCAUGUUCAUCUGCACACCCAGUGCUUGCUUUGGCCUCCUUUUUUCUCGGGAUCAGCUCCUUCCGCCUUCUUUCCUGCUUACUUGCUUCCCCAUAGGGUUCCCAUGGCUUCCUGUUGCUCUUUGCAGCAUCCCUCCCCCAACCUCUCCUUUCUCCUCCUCCCACUCAGGAGGCCCCAUUGUUCCUUCCUGGGGUCUGGAACAGCUCAGCCCAUCUGGAUUCUGUUCCAGAGCACCAAUUUAAGAGGGUGGGGCAUCCUAGAAAAGAGUGGGGCUAGUGCAAUAAAGGCAAGCAGCACAUGCCCAGAGGCCAUCUACAUAUUUGCAAAAUGUGUCACAUAUAUAUUUAUACCCAUAGAGAACACAAAUUAUAUCUACAAAAUGUAAACUAACUGAAAAACUUGAAACAAUUAAAGAUCUAGAGAAAAAAGCAAAGGGCCUAGAGAUAGAUAUAGCUACUUUGAAUUCAAACAACAAUAUGAGAAACACCAAUUAAAGGAAGAAACUUGCAACCAAACUGAACACAGUAAAGGAACAAUUAACCUAACACAGAAAAUGAACCCAUAGAGACAGACAGAUGGCAAACUUGUCACUGAUACAAAGGGGGGGCGGGGGGCGGGAGCGGGACCCAGUUCAGUCUAGUCCAGGCCUGCUUGGAGUGAACCAUCAAUUUCAUUACCUCCCCUUGGAAGAAAGGGAGCAAACACCUAGAGAAGGGACAUCAUUGAAUGUACCAAUUAUAGAAAAAAGAGGUCAGACUUCGUUAAGAAAAAAUAAGGCGUGUGUUGGUGAUAGGAGACUCAGUGCUCAGGGAAAUUGAACCAGACCAAUCAAUCGAACUAGGGAAGUUUGCUGUCACCUGGGAGCCAAGAUCCAUGAUGCAACUGAGAGGCUUACUAAAAUAACUAAAUCCACAGAUUAUUAUCCUUUUCUCCUCUUUCAUGUGUGGAUGAAUGAUAGAACAAAGUCCUUGGAAACAAUAUCAAGAGACUAGGAGCACCUUGGCCUGAAAGCCAAAGAGAUGAGGACAGUAGUGUUUUCUUCUGUGCUCCCAAUGAAACGUAAGCAUCCAGUGAGGAAAGGCAGAACUUUUGAAGUAAACAGCUGGCUUAAGAGAUGGUAUGGAUGUGAGAACUUUCAGUUCUUAGUUCAUGGUCUACAACACCUACAUGAAGGGCUUUUGGCAGGGGUUGAGCUACACCUCACAAUUAGCGGGAAGAACAUCUUUGGAAACCAACUGACUCGCCUUAUCCCAAGAGUUUGAAACUAAAACUGGAAGAGGAGGGAGACAAACUUAUAGAAGCUAAUUCCAAGCAUAAAAUGCAGGGACAAUCAGCCAAGUGGUAUGACAAAAGGGGAACUCAUACAAAGCAGGAGAUGUUGGAAGCAAACACACUGGGUCAAAAUGCAGCAGAAAGAAAGUGGAACUGCUUAAUUCAUUCUUUUCAUCAGGUUCUAACAAAAGAAAAAAGUCCAAUCUAUCAAAAGCAGAACUGUAAAAAGUAUACUAGGAAUCCAAGUCAAAAUAGGCAAGAAAAUAUUAAGACAGCACCCAUCCAUACUAGACAAAUUCAAAUCACCAGGACCAAAUCCCAGAAUUCUGAAGAAGUUGACAAGACAUGAUCUCAGAACCACUGAAACAUAUCUUUCACAGAUCCUGGAGCACCGGAGAACUACCAGAAAACUGAAAAAAUGCUGACGUGGUUCCCAUCUUCAAAAAGAAAAAAGAAAAGAAAAACCGAUCCAGGAAACUACAGACCAAUCAGCCUGACUUCAAUAGCUGUGAAGAUUCUGGAAAAGAAUCAAGCAAUGGAUCUGUGAACACCUAGAAGUAAGCAAAGCUAUUACUAGAAGCCAACGUGGGUUUGUCAAAACAUCAUGCCAAACAAAUCUCAUUUCAUUCUUUGACAAUGACUAAAUUAGCGGACCAACAAAAUGCUGUGGACAUAAUAUACUUGGACUUCAGUAAGGCAUUUGAUAAAGUAGGCUACAACCCAUUUCUUGGUAAGAGAAAAAUGUGGAAUGGACAGUAUCACAAGAUGGAUUAACUGGCUGACAAACCAUACUUAACAUAACCUCAGUGUAACUACUUCUGUAUGGAAGGAUGUAUGCAGUGGGGUACCUAAAGAUUUUGUCUUCAGUAUUCUUCGACAUCUUCAUAAAUGUUUAGAUGAGAGACUAGAAAGUGAACUCAUCAAAUUUGCACAUGACACCAAGCUAGGGGGGAUAGCCAACACUUUGGAAGAUAGGCUUAAGGUCCCGAAAGAUGUUGACAGACACUGGGCUCUAGCCAACAAAAUGCAAUUCAGUGAUGUGAAAAGUAAGAUUUUACAAAAAAAAAAAAAACAACCACCACGAAGUGCACAGGUAUAUAAUAGGUAGUACCUGGCUCAACAACAGUAACUCUGAGGGAUGUUGAAGUCCUAGUGGAUGACUACUUAAAAAUAAGUCAGCAGUGUGCCGCAAUUGCCAAGAAAGCCAACGCAGUCCUAGGCUGCAUCAACAAGGCUCAAAGUCAUGUGAAGCGUUAAUACCUCUUAUACUAGCUUGGUAAGACCACACUUGGAAUACUGCAUCCACUUCUGGCCACAAUAUAAAAAAGAUGUUGAGACUCUAGAAACAGUGCAGAAAAGAGCAACAAAGAUGAUUGGGGUCUGGAGACAAACAUGAACAGUUGUAAUAAAUGGUUAUGUCUAGUUUAACAAAGGAUUAGGGCUGACAUAGCUUCAAUAUUUCAAUAUUGUUUCAAUAUUUGAGGGGCUAUCAAGAUGAGGGAGGCAAAGUAUUCACCAAGACAAGUAAUGGGUGCAAGAUUCUCUAGAACUAGAGAAAUUUCCUGACCAUGAGAACAAAUCAGUGAAGGGCUACCCUCCAGAAGUGGAUGUUCCAUCCCUGGAAGUUUUUAAGGAGCCAUUGGUCUGAAAUGGUCCAGGGUCUCCUGUAUUCUGUACAUUUCAGCAGCAUAAGCUACCAGCAAGGAAGCAUUCAGAAACUAAUAAACCCUUUUGAAAGGGGUUCAGUUAAAUCUCAUUUAAUACAUGGGUACAAGUUCAUUUCCUGUGUUUGAAAAUAGAACACAUCUGCCAAUAAACUUCUUUCGAUAAUUGUA